GCCGUUCUCUAUGGUGGCGGAAGGACUCUCGGUGGCCUGGAGAUCCUUUCCUGUUUUGAGCCGAGCGUUGUGUCGGUUUGAGCCGUGCUAGAAAAGUCAUGUCGGACUCGGAGGAGUAUUCCUCAGAGGAGGACGAGGAUUACCUUCCUUCAGGUGAAGAUUACAGUGAAGAUGAUGUGAAUGAACUGGUGGAAGAAGAGGAUCAGGAGGAGAAACCGUCAUGCAGGGAAAAGUGCAAGAAGGCUUCCAAGGAGAUCAGAGGCCGGGAAAGGAACAAAGGAGGCAGCCUCCCCUUAGAACCAGGUGGCGAAACCUCAAAGGAUGAUACAAGCGACAGCAAGGAUGAUGAUGAUCUGGAAGAUCUAGAAGAGAGUUGCUCCGUUGUAAAGGAAGAAGAGAAAAAGAAGAAAGAGGAGGCUUUGUGGGCCAGCUUCCUCAGCGAUGUGGGCCAGAAGCCUGGAGCUGCUGCUACGGAUCACGCAACCUGUGUGCAGAAAGACAAGCCCGUGGGGAAAAAAACUUGCAAGCCUCAGGAGAUGUCAAAGGAACCCCAGAAGCCCAAAGUCGCCAUUACCGAAGUGUUUGACUUUGCGGGCGAGGAAGUCCGGAUCACUAAGGAAGUGGAUGUUUCGUCCAAAGAAGCCCAGAUCUUUUUGAAAAAGCAAGAGCAGAAGGCAGCCAGCCCAGUUUCUCAUCCUACAGGUUCUGGAGUGAAGCGGCCAGGCGGCCUCAACAGCCUGCUGGGGAAGUUGGGUACCAAGAAGCAAAAGAUGAGCACGCUGGAGAAAUCCAAGCUGGACUGGGAGCACUUCAAAGAAGAGGAGGGCAUCGGGGAGGAGUUGGCCAUCCACAAUCGAGGGAAAGAAGGAUACCUGGACAGAAAGGCCUUUCUAGAGAGGGUGGACCACAGGCAGUUCGAGAUCGAGCGCGACAUCCGGUUGAGCAACAUGAAACCCUGAGGCUGCUGCAGAUCCUUUUCCUAAGAACUUCUCUCAUCAGGCUAUCCCCAGAAGAGAGUAACUCAAUGACCUGUAUGGGUUUUCUUUUUUUUUCACCACACUAGUAAGUAGGUGAACUGAGGUCAUUAUGGCAGGGGUUUUUUUUACUGCCAGGGCGCUGCCGUGUGUGGCAGGUGCUGAUCCAGUUGCUACUGGGCACUCAUCAGGGGGUGCUUGCUCAGGAGAGGGGCUGCAGCCGGGUCUUUUCCUUCCUGGUCUUUUCCUUCCUGGUUAUUAAAGAGGGAAGAGGCAGGCUUUGUGCCAUGGAACUAAGACCGUGGCCACCGAUUCCAUCAGGCCUCAUCAGCCCCAGAGGCCUCAAUGGUUGGAGGUUUGUGUGGCUUCCUCAUGCAGCUCAAGGAUGCUGGGCAGUUGGGGGACGAGUCACCAGCCAGCCUGCUUUUUGGAGAGGCUUUUGCUCUUCUUGCUGUGGAGUCUCCCGUGUUUUUGUAAAACCUUUUCCUGGGAUUGUUUUCUUCUUACGGCGAGUCCUUCAAGUAAUUCACCUUCCUCGGUGCUCUUCCGCUGCCUCGGCGACUCGAGAGAGGCAGCAUGCAUGUGAGAAAGGCCCAGACCUCCUGGUUCCUUUUGAAUAAAGCAUCCGAUCUGUAUUUGUCAUCA